CUCAUCCAGGAUGACUCUCUCCAGGCAUGCGGGGUGCAGGAGGCAUCCAGGUGCCGUGGCAGGGGAUCCUCACUGGGUGUUGUGCGUUGGGGGACACAGAUGGGUGCUGAGUGUUUACUGCAGCCACACAGCUGGAGAAUGACACAUGGCAGAUGAGCUCCUCACUGGUCCUGUGCCUGCUCAGCCUGUCCCUCAAAUGCAGCAGGAAUCAGACCACGCCAGGACAGGGGAUGUAGGAGCAGAGGAUGCCUGGAAAUACCCCCAGAGGUGGUGCUGCAGCCAGGAGCAGGGGCUCGUGCUCUGCUGAGGAUGUGCUGGGAAGCCUGGGGGUCCUCCUGGUCUAGGAACAGCCUGGAGAAGGCAGAGCCUGGGGAUGUCAGAGCCUGCUGAACUCUUCCUGUUGUGUCUUAUUCCCCCAAUUCCUUGCAGGGCUGAAGCCAUUCAAGGCCACAACUGUUCCCCAAAGGAGCCUGGCUCUGGGGAGAUGCAGGUUUUCCAAAUAAGACAUGAGUAAGAGAUGCAGUUAGCACAGGUGGAAGUCUGGAGAAUCUGCAGAUGGUUUGUGGUCAGGAGCUGGAGGACUUCUGGAGGCUCUGCACUAUGAGUGGAUGCUUGCUGGGAGACCAAGAUAGGCAACUUUCCCUUUGAAAACCAGUCAGGCUUGGCAUGGUUUUGGUGAGGAGGUUGUAGCCCUGUUAUAUCUGUAUUUGGGAACUAGGAGAUGUCUCCUCAGGUUUGGUGCUGGAAAGGGAAGUGGGCUGCAAGGGCAGCGUGGAUCACUUCCAAAAAACCUGGGAGUUUGGAGCUAACAGGGAUCUGUUCCUUCCUGCAGCUGUGCAAGGCACAAGGCAGGAGUCCCCCCUCCCAUGCAUCACCCCACUGGCUGCCUCUCCAUCCAGACAAAGCCCGUUUUCCAGAGACUCCCACCUACCUGGUAGUUAGCGAAGUCAUGUGGCCACAGCACUUAAUUAAUGAAAAGCUGAUAUAAAUCCCAGUAAACAUGUGGGGAGGAGGACACUGAGGCAGAGGGCGGUAGCGGCGCUUCCAGCGAGCUCAGUGGAGCAGCGGACAGCAAUCCCCUCUCUGCUGGGAGAGGUCAGUGCUUACCAUGGGAAGGGUCCUGGGAGCGUGUGGGAUGUGAUGCCCAUGGCUGUGGGGCUCCCCACAGUGCAGAGGGGUCUCUCCCAGCAAAGAGCUGGGUGGUUUUGUGGGAUGGGGAGAUGAGGAGUGGCCAGCACUGGGCUGCUGGAGCCAGGUUUGGAACCUCAAGGCUGCCCAAGCAGCAGGCACAGGGUUUCCAAGGAUUUGGCUGACAUUGGGUGGAUACCACCUCCUGGCUCCUUUACUUUUGCUCCCUAAGAGAUCACCUACUUUUUAGAGCCUUCAGGCCCCCAAAGCCCACAGCCUGGCCCUGCAGCUUCUCCUGUCCCCAGCUGUGUGUGCUGUGGUCCAUCUCCCUGCCCAGCACUCAGAUUCUAGUGGCACUUCCAGGCUCGGAGCCUGUCAGGAGCCAUGUCAGAUGUUUUGGCCACACACUGUGCACCUCAAUGGUCUGGUGGCUGCUGUGUGUGGGGCAGAACCUGAACUGACACAAAAAAGAUCAAAUCUCAGUCCAUUCUCUGUUGGUCUCCCCUUUCUGUGGGGAGAUCAUGAAUGUGCCUACAUGUGGAAUACCCCACAGCACAUGACAGAGCUUUGGGGGCUCCUGCUCCCAGGUGUCUGUGGACCCAAAAAAAGGCUCUCAAGUCCAAGGGAACAAACAGCUGGGAGUGGUAGCUGUGCUGGCAGAGGCUGCACCUUGCUGACAUGGCACUUCUCGGGGUGGCGGGGGACGAUGGCAGUGGAGGGGACAGGCCAGGCUGCCAGCAGGCGGGCUGAUGCUGGCCAGCCCCCUCUGCACAGGUUUCCCCCCAGGACCAUGCUGAACGUGCUGCUGCUGUGCUGUGGGCUGCUGCAGGGGAUCCAGGCUGUCCUGGAUCUCAGGACUGCUGACCUCAGCUGUGGGCACCUGCAGAGGGCGAGCGGCGGGCUGGAGCGGGUGGACAGAGCCCGCCCGGCCGGCCCGCAGCGGAAAGGGAAGGAGGCGUCUGCGGAGCCGGCAGGAGUUCUCCCAAGGCUGGGGUUUGAGCAGAUGGCCCUGGGGGUCCAUGAAGCUGAUGAUGACCUUGUGCAGAGAGGCAGCCUGCUGGAACCACAGGCAUCAUCCACAGAACUGCAAGCUGAGGGCCGAGAGGAGCGCUCCCCCCGCCGCUGUGUCCGGCUCCUGGAGUCCUGCCUGGGCCACCAGAUCCCCUGCUGUGACCCCUGUGCCACCUGCUACUGCCGCUUCUUCAACGCCUUCUGCUACUGCAGGAAAAUCAGCACCGGCUUCCCCUGCGGCAAGAACUAG